AUGGCUUCCAAACGGAAGGCCUCUCAGAUGGCCGCCGCCCCAGAGGAGCCUGUCGACCCGUCCGACGAGUUGAUGUUCCUCUGUCUCGGUGGCGGCAAUGAAGUCGGCCGAUCAUGCCAUAUCAUCCAGUACAAGGGGAAGACAGUCAUGCUUGAUGCUGGGCAACACCCUGCGUACGACGGGCUGGCUGCGCUCCCCUUCUUCGAUGACUUUGACCUCAGCCAAGUCGAUGUGUUGCUCAUUAGCCACUUCCACAUCGACCAUGCCGCCUCAUUACCAUACGUCCUGGCCAAGACGAACUUCAGGGGUCGCGUCUUCAUGACGCACCCGACCAAGGCCAUCUACAAGUGGCUCAUCCAGGACAGCGUGAGAGUCGGCAACACAUCCUCCAACCCGACCUCCCAGCUGGUCUACACCGAGCAGGACCACCUCAACACCUUCCCCAUGAUCGAGGCCAUUGACUACUACACAACUCACACCAUCUCCUCCAUCCGCAUCACCCCCUAUCCCGCCGGCCACGUCCUGGGUGCCGCCAUGUUCCUGAUUGAGAUCGCCGGUCUCAACAUCCUCUUCACAGGCGACUACUCCCGCGAGCAAGAUCGCCACUUGGUCUCCGCUCAAGUCCCCAAGGGCGUCAAGAUCGACGUCCUCAUCACCGAAUCUACCUACGGCAUCGCCACCCACGUGCCCAGGUUAGAGCGCGAACAAGCCCUGAUGAAAUCCAUCACGGGCAUCCUCAACCGCGGCGGCCGCGUGCUGAUGCCCGUUUUCGCCUUGGGCCGCGCCCAAGAGCUGCUACUCAUCUUGGACGAGUACUGGGCCAAGCACAAGGAGUACCAGAAGUACCCCAUCUACUACGCCAGCAACCUCGCCAGGAAGUGCAUGCUUGUCUACCAGACCUACGUCGGCGCCAUGAACGAUAAUAUUAAGCGUCUGUUCCGGGAGCGCAUGGCCGAGGCCGAGGCGUCCGGGGAUAGCGCUGGUAAGGGAGGACCCUGGGACUUUAAGUUCAUUCGCUCGCUGAAGAGUAUUGAUCGGUUUGAGGAUGUGGGUGGGUGCGUCAUGCUGGCUAGUCCGGGUAUGCUCCAGAAUGGUGUCAGUCGCGAGCUGCUGGAGCGGUGGGCGCCGAACGAGAAGAACGGUGUUAUUAUCACUGGUUAUAGUGUCGAAGGCACUAUGGCCAAGCAGCUCAUGCAGGAGCCGGAGCAGAUCCAGGCUGUCAUGACGCGCAGCUCGGCGGGUGGGCGCAGGGGCCCAGGUGGUGAGUCUGAGAAGGUCAUGAUUCCGCGUCGGUGUACCGUGCAGGAGUUCUCGUUUGCUGCCCACGUCGACGGCAAUGAAAAUAGGGAGUUUAUCGAGGAGGUUGGCGCGCCGGUUGUGAUCCUCGUCCACGGCGAAGUCCACAACAUGAUGCGCCUGAAAUCCAAGCUCCUCUCCCUCAACGCGAACAAAACCAACAAAGUUAAGGUCUACAGUCCCAAGAACUGCGAGGAACUCCGCAUCCCCUUCAAGACGGACAAAACCGCCAAGGUGGUUGGCAAGCUCGCCUCGAUUCCGCAACCCCUGAAAAUGCCCAAGUUCGAUGCAGCCGCCGCCGAUGGCUCCACUACCAUCACCGCCGCCGCCACCGGGCCCGACUCCGAACCCCGCAUCGUCACCGGCGUCCUGGUCCAAAACGACUUCAAAAUGUCCCUCAUGGCCCCCGAGGACCUACGCGAGUAUGCCGGCCUCACAACCACCACCAUCGCGUGCAAACAGCGCCUACGGCUGACCGCUGCCGGGAUCGACCUCAUCAAAUGGGGUCUAGAAGGUGUCUUUGGCAGAGUCGAAGAAUUGCCCGAAGGCAAGCCACGGCCGACGAAGGAGGCGAAUGGGGAGGGGGAGGAUACCAAGAUGGUUGAGGCGGCUGACGAGGAGUACCCGCUGAAUGAGGUUGUCGCUGCUUAUAACGUGAUGGGGUGCGUGACGGUAAGGUGCUGGACGAAUGGAGAAGUGGAGAUUGAGUGGGAGGGCAAUAUGCUUAAUGAUGGGAUUGCGGAUGCCGUAAUGGCGUUAUUGAUGGGACUGGAGAGUAGUCCUGCUGCCGUGAAGCGCUCCUCGAGCAAACACACCCACACCCACACCCACUCCCACUCCCACUCCCACUCCCACUCCCACUCCCACGACCACGACCAUGACCACGACCGAGCCCUUCCCAUUCGCAACCCCCACGCCAACCUCGACCCUUCCGAGCGCCUCUCCCGCCUGAUGCUCUUCCUCGAGGCCCAAUUCGGAGCAGACAACGUCUCCCCCGUCGCCGAGCCCAAGAUUCCUCCCCUCUCACCCCGCAUCCGCGCCCGCAAAAAGAAGGCUGUCUCCCCUCCUGCCGAGUCAACUCCUGCCCCCGAGUCCGAAUCCGAACCCGCUCCCAAGGAAGAGGAACCGGAAGAGGAAGAGUCGGAGUACGACACCGACGAAGAAGCCCUCGAUCUCGCCCGCCGCACCGAAGAGGCUAAGGCCCGCGAGCUCGCCCGCCUCCAUAAACUAGGUAUCCCCGUCCCGGGGGUGCGUAUCAAGAUCGCUGAGAAGAUGCAAGCCACAGUGUGGUUGGAGACGCUGGAGGUCGAGAGCGAGAACAAAGUUUUCAAGGAGAGGGUCAGGGCGGUCGUGGAGAGGGCUGUAGAGUGUGUCGCACCUUUGUGGUGA